GGGCACAUUGUGUGGGGGAGGAAGAAGGAGCCUGAAGGAGAAGGUGGAGUCAGUGGAAAGGGGAAGGAGCCACUGGAGAGGAGAUAAACAGUCCUCAGCCAUGUUUACACACAGAAUAUUUCAGGGCUGGUUUUGCUUUUCUCUAAGGUCCCGUCCAUUUCGGUCCAGCCCAGGAGCUCACUCCUGUCCCCAAGGGGGGCUGCCAUCAGCCGAGAGCUGGAGCUGGAGCUGUGUGGGGGCAGCCCUUCCUACGUACGGGGGAGCCGGGAGACAUGGCCCAGUCACACAGAUCAACAGUGGGCUCCAGUCUAGUUCCUAGAUCAUUGGUCCCUCGGAAGGACUCCCUGGGCACAGACGUCUUUCGCGAUGACAAUGGGGACUGCAUUGUCCGCUCCGACCUGGGCUGCUACCUGCAGACAAAAGAUUUCCUUGAGAGGGGGCACGACAUCAAGAUCCGGAAACUGCACCCUGCAUGCCAGGGCGGGGAUCACUAUGUGGGCAACAGGCAGGAAUCCAAUAUCUACAUCAUCAAGGGCAGUUCCUACCGGGUGGUGAAGGACCUGAGCACAGAUAAGGGAGCUCAGGUCUUUGAGCUACAUCCCAGGUGCUGCGGCGGGGACCACUACGGGAGGGCUGGUUGGACCUUCUUCAUCAUUUUCCAAAACCAGGGUGAAAUCCGCUGGGUGACUAAUUUGAGGACAGCUGGAGGUGAAAAAACCUUUGUCCUGCACCCUGAAUGCUGCAACGGGCUCUACUACUUUGGCAUCGAUCAGUACCUAGCCCUAAUCAAGAUGGAUGAGAAGUGGGGAGCUCAUUUCUACCUGUUCCCAGACCCGAGCAAAGACAAGCUGGACUCCUUCUUCUCCAUCCACCCCGACGUGCUGAACUUCUUCCCUGGGGGGCUGGCCCUCACCAAGGGUGUCUCAACCAGCGGCUGGGAGUGCAUCAAGACCCUGCACAACAACUCCGACUCCCCCAUCACCUGGUCCGACAAGGUCACCCGCAAGGUGGGCUACGCCAAGCAGAAGAUGUCCUCCAUUGAGAACAACUGGAGCAUCUCCGCUGAGAUGUCCCUCGGGGCCGGAGAGCUCACCAAGCUCAUCACCCAGCUCCAGUUCUCCCUCAAGGCCGAGUACGGCGGGAGAAGCAUCCGCACGGAGCAGGAGGACUGGAAUGAAGCCCGAGAAGAAGAGGAGUCAAUCCAGGUGAUCCUGGAGCCCCAAAAGAACCUGUACAUCUGGCAGUACCAGCUCGGCAUAGGCCAGGAGCCCAUCUUGUUCUGCAGAGACAUUCAAUUCACCAAAGAAAACAACCCACCUGACCGCAUCCCGCUGCCUCCAGUCCCCUAAGCUCCCAUGAGGAUGGAGAAUGCAGCACCAUGAUGCUAUUCUGGAUGCAUGCAUGUGAACUGCUUUGCCCUAAUAUUACCCCUUCUGGUCUUUCCCUGAGCUGGCCAAAUUUCACCCACCUCAUCCCAGCUGUUCUCUUCCUGGUUUUCCUCCUGUUCCCAGCUUUACCCAACUCUUGUCUGCAACAAAGAUGGUUUAAUUAAACUUUCUUCCCUUCCUAUUUUAGCCAA